AUGAUGGUCGCCAUGGCGACCCCGAAGCGGCAUGUGUGCCUCGUCGCAAUGUUGGUCGUUCUCGCAGUGCUGUCCUGCCACCUUAACAGAGUCGCUAGCGUCGUCAUGCAGGCCGAUCAAGCUGCGGCCCUGCUGAACAUCAAGUCGGCCAUGCGGGCUCACCAACACCACGUGGGCCCAAAAGCACCACGUGGGGCCAACAACACCACCGGCGGCCCUGCUGAACAUAAAGGCGGCCAUGCGACUCACCUACACCACGUGGACCGCCACAAAAUGUGUCCUUCCUUGUUCCCCUCUUCCACCUCCGCUCCCCCUUGUCUGCCGUUCCCCAUCCGCCCAUCAGCGACGGCCCUGCUGAACAUCAAGGCGGCCAUGGGACUCACCUACACCACGUGGGUCGCCACCAAACCGUGCACUCUUAAUGGCGCCACUGCAGCCGCCGGCGAGUGGGAGCGCGUGACGUGCUCCGCUGACGGCCUCGCCUACUCCAUGUGGAUGCCAUGGAACUUCCUGGAUGGCAGCCUCUCAGACUAUCUCAAAUUCUUCUCCACGCUCACCAACUUGAAUCAACUGGCCAUGCAGUACAUGUUCUUCUCGGGGUCAUUCCCCAGCGUGCUCACCACUCUGCCCAGCCUCACCAGUCUGUCGCUGCGCUUCAACUACCUCACGGGCUCGCUCCCAUCAACCAUCACAAAGAUCAAGUCGCUGGACAUCAAUCAGAACUACUUUGUUGGCUCUAUUCCCUCAGGCACCUGGUCCUACUGCGAUGCCACCAAUAACUGCCUCACCGGUGCUGGAAACUGCCAGAAUUACUACCAGAGGUCCUCGUGUGCUAUUUGCGGCAGCACUGCCGGGACCGGCACGUUGUGCGCAGCGGGGCAAUCUUGUAUGCCGAGCGCUGACGCCAAGAUAGCAGCCGGCCAGAACAAUUAUGGAGGAGAAGUGGCUCUGUCGUGCGUUUACACGCCCAUCACCAUGAACCUCGCUGACGCUGCUGCCAUGCUGAACGUCAAGGCCUCGCUGGGAGUGACGUACACCACUUGGGCCGCCACCACACCGUGCCGCUUUGAUCAAUCCACCGUGGCCCUUGCAAAUGAGUGGACUGGCGUCCGCUGCACGGACACUGGCAAGGUGUCUGACAUAGUUGUGAACAACGCAAACCUCAAGGGCUCGCUUCCUUCCGAUCUCGCCUCGCUCACAGCUCUCACCAACAUCGGCGCUCCCGGCAACUAUCUCAUAGGAACUGUGCCGCCACUCGGCCCUCUGCUGCUCGUAUUGGACCUCAACUUCAACUUUAUCUCCGACCUCCCAUCCGCGGCCUACACGUGGUGCGGAGGCAAUCUCAACUGCCUCGUCACGCCCUCCAAGUGCACCACCGGCGGCACGGUUCAGCGGGUUGCGGCGGAUUGUGCCUUCUGCGGCACCACCAACGGCGCACCUCCGUUCUGCUGGGGAGCGGGAGGGGUGUGCACGCCUGACGCGGCCGCAGCCGUGGCUGCCGGCACUACGAACCCGAAUUCGCAGCCCACGCUCCCCAGGGCGUGCGUGGGCGGGCCGGUUGUGGCCUUGAAAGACACCACAGGGCGUCCCCCAACCGCCUGCUUCCCGCCUUGCUGGCCCAUCCCCUGCGUGCGCCUCAUCCCUCCUCCAUCCCCCGCGUGCCCCGCACCAGCCAUGCUCGCCCUCAAGGCCUCGCUGGGUGUCACCCUCACCACGUGGGCGGCCACUGUGCCGUGCCAACUUGCGGGGCAGACCACCACGGCUGCAGUGUGGAGUGGCGUGCUGUGUGACAGCACUGGGAGGGUCGUGAGCAUGCGUUGCCUGCCGUACCUGCAUACCAUAUUCAUCUGCUCACCCGCCCUUGCACGUAUCCUCCAUCGCUCUGUCCUGCCACCAACCGUUGUGCACCUCAGGGCUGUGGCUAACUCGAAGCUCAAGGGAUCACUUGCUUCGGACAUCUCCACGCUCACAGCCCUCACUUACCUCAACCUGCAGGGCAAUCUCCUCAGCUACCGCAUCGACUCCUUCACCACCAACCUCCGAGCCUUGCCAGUGCUGGCCGACAUCGGUGCGGUCUACAACUACUUCAUCGGCACUGUGCCAGCGCUCGCCUCUGGGCUGCUCACUCUGGACGUGCGCGGCAACUUCCUCACAGACGUGCCCACAGCCAGCUACACGUGGUGCGGGGGCGCGGGCAACUGCCUGCUGACGCCCUCCAAGUGCACCAGCGGAGGCUCCGCCCAGAGGCCUGCAGCGGAUUGUGCCUUCUGCGGCACCACCAACGGCGUGAGGCCCUUCUGUGCGGCGGGAGGGGUGUGCACAGUGGACUCGGGUUCAGCCGUCAAUACCGGCGCUGUGAACUUGCCGACGCAGCCCGUGCUGCCCAUGGCGUGUGUGGGCGGCCCUCUCUACAUGAAUGCGGGAGAUGGUGAGUGGGUACUGUUUGAGAGGUCCCAUCGAGGUCCCAUCGGUGAGUACUGUUUGAGAGGUCCCAUCGCGUCGGCCCUGCUGAACAUCAAGUCGGCCAUGGGACUCACCUACACCUCGUGGGCCGCCACCAAUCCGUGCACGCUUGAAGGCGCCGCUGGCAAAGCGGGCGAGUGGGAGCGUGUAACCUGCACCCCUUUCGGCCGCGCUUACGUGCUCGCGCGCGCGCGCACGUACGCAUGUGUGUGUGAGCAUGUGUGCAGAAACCUGGACUCUGCAGGGCUCGUGCGCAAGAGCUUCCCAUCAGACAUCUCCAAGCUCACGGGGCUUGGUGUAGUGUGGAUGCCAUGGAACUUCCUGGAUGGCAGCCUCGCAGACUACCUCACAUACUUCUCCACGCUCACCAACCUGAAUCAACUGGCCAUGCAAUACAUGUUUUUCUCCGGGACAUUCCCCAGUGUGCUCACCACUCUACCUCUCCUCACCAGUCUGGCACUCCGCUUCAACUACCUUACGGGCUUGCUCCCAACAAGCAUCACAAAGAUCAAGUCGCUGGACCUCUAUCAGAACUACUUCGUCGGCUCCAUUCCCUCAGGCACCUGGUCCUACUGCAACGCCGCAAACAACUGCCUGGGCAGCGUGGGGGCCAACUGCCAGAAUGCCUUCCAGAGGUCCUCCUGUGCUAUCUGCGGCAGCACUGCCGGGACCGGCACGCUGUGCGCAGCGGGGCAAUCUUGUAUGCCGAGCGCUGAUGCCAAGAUUGCAGCGAAGCAGAACAACUACGGAGGCGAGGUGGCUCUGUCGUGCGUUUACACGCCCAUCACCAUGAACCCCGCUGACGGUCUUGUGCCCCGUCACACUCCUUUGUGCCCCGUCACACUCCUGUGUGCCCUGUCACGCUCCAAUGCGCCUCACCACACUCCUAUGCGCCUCACCACACUCCUAUGCGCCUCACCACACUCCUAUGCGCCUCACCACACUCCUAUGCGCCUCACCACACUCCUAUGCGCCUCACCACGCUCCUAUGCGCCUCACCACGCUCCUAUACGCCUCACCACGCUCCUAUGCGCCUCACCACGCUCCUAUGCGCCUCACCACGCUCCUAUGCGCCUCACCACACUCCUAUGCGCCUCACCACGCUCCUAUGCGCCUCACCACACUCCUAUGCGCCUCACCACGCUCCUAUGCGCCUCACCACGCUCCUAUGCGCCUCACCACGCUCCUAUGCGCCUCACCACGCUCCUAUGCGCCUCACCACGCUCCUAUGCGCCUCACCACGCUCCUAUGCGCCUCACCACGCUCCUAUGCGCCUCACCACGCUCCUAUGCGCCUCACCACAGUGCCGUGCACCCUCACUUGUCACCCCCUGCAGCUGCUGCCAUGCUGAACGUCAAGGCCUCGCUGGGAGUGACGUACACCACUUGGGCCGCCACCACACCGUGCCGCUUUGAUCAAUCCACCGUGGCCCUUGCAAAUGAGUGGACUGGCGUCCGCUGCACGGACACUGGCAAGGUGUCUGACAUAGUUGUGAACAACGCAAACCUCAAGGGCUCGCUUCCUUCCGAUCUCGCCUCGCUCACAGCUCUCACCAACAUCGGCGCUCCCGGCAACUACCUCAUAGGAACCGUGCCGCCGCUCGGCCCUCUACUGCUCGUAUUGGACCUCAACUUCAACUUUAUCUCCGACCUCCCAUCCGCGGCCUACACGUGGUGCGGAGGCAAUCUCAACUGCCUCGUCACGCCCUCCAAGUGCACCACCGGCGGCACGGUUCAGCGGGUUGCGGCAGAUUGUGCCUUCUGCGGCACCACCAACGGCGCACCUCCGUUCUGCUGGGGAGCGGGAGGGGUGUGCACGCCUGACGCGGCCGCAGCCGUGGCUGCCGGUACUACGAACCCGAAUUCGCAGCCCGCGCUCCCCAGGGCGUGCGUGGGCGGGCCGGUUGUGGCCUUGAAAGACACCACAGCCAUGCUCGCCCUCAAGGCCUCGCUGGGUGUCACCCUCACCACGUGGGCGGCCACUGUGCCGUGCCAACUUGCGGGGCAGACCACCACGGCUGCAGUGUGGAGUGGCGUGCUGUGUGACAGCACUGGGAGGGUCGUGAGCAUGGCUGUGGCUAACUCGAAGCUCAAGGGAUCACUUGCUUCGGACAUCUCCACGCUCACAGCCCUCACUUACCUCAACCUGCAGGGCAAUCUCCUCAGCUACCGCCUCGACUCCUUCACCACCAACCUCCGAGCCUUGCCAGUGCUGGCCGACAUCGGUGCGGUCUACAACUACUUCACCGGUACCGUGCCAGCGCUCGCCUCUGGGCUGCUCACUCUGGACGUGCGCGGCAACUUCCUCACAGACGUGCCCACAGCCAGCUACACGUGGUGCGGGGGCGCGGGCAACUGCCUGCUGACGCCCUCCAAGUGCACCAGCGGAGGCUCCGCCCAGCGGCCUGCAGCGGAUUGUGCCUUCUGCGGCACCACCAACGGCGUGGGGCCGUUCUGCUGGGCGGGGGCAGGGGGAGUGUGCGCGGUGGACGCGGCUGCACCCAUCGCUGCCGGCACUGUUAACUCGCCGACGCAGCCCGUGCGGCCGAUGGCGUGUGCGGGCGGCUCGGUGGUGGUCAUCAAAGAAAGCACAGCAGUUUGUCAUCUCUCCCUGCACCCGUGCACCAAGGCUCCUGUAUUGUACAGCCUCCACCCCAAUCGCCACCCUUUCUCUGCUCCUUACCUGUUAUUGGCCAAUCCGCCUCUCUUGUCUGUUCCCCCCCGCCUUGCUGUUUGCGCCCCUCGUCUUGCUGUGUGCGCCCUCGCCUUGCUGUGUGCGCCUGUCGCCUUGUGUCUCACCCUCGCCUUGCUGUCUGUCUCACCCUCGCCUUACUGUCUGUCUCACCCUCGCCUUACUGCAUCUCACGAAGCAGCUCUUCAGGCGCCGCUGGCUGGUUUCACCGCCAACCUCCCUCCACUCACCGCUACCCUCAAGGAGCUCCUUAGUGUGCUUCUCCACUCUGCCUCCGUUGCUUUGCUCCCUCGGUCUCCCCGCCUUCCCAUCCUCCGUUCUGCCACCUUGCCCUCUCUCUCUCUGCUGUCCCUUGGGUCCAUUCUGCCCUUGUCGUCUAGCCCACCUCGCACACGUCCCUCUCCUCCCGUACUGCCUCGUGUCAUCUCUUCACUGCCGUUUUCCCACUUUCCCUCCCUCCCCUGCAGCUAUAUGCAGCACAACUGCUUCCUGCAGUACAACUGGUUCUAUGGCUCCAUGCCCGCCGCACUCCUCAACAUGCAAUCGCUCAGUGUGCUCUGGUGCGACGGCCACACCAACUGCUUCACCACUCCCUCUGUCUGCGGCAUGGGAGGCACCACACAGCGCCCCGCAGCAGACUGUGCCAUCUGCGGCUCAACCAACGCGCAGCCGCCCUUCUGUGGCGGCACCGGCACGUGCGCGCCUGACUCUGCGGCUGCGGCCGCGCUGGGCACGCCUAAUGUUAUGGGCUCGGCCACACUGCCCCUGGUGUGCGGUGGUGUCCCCAUCGACGCUGCUGAUGCUACGGUGCUGCUGGCGCUCAAGUCGUCGCUGGGCGUGACGCUGAGCAACUGGAAUGCGGCAGCGCUGUGCACGCUGGAGGGGCAGACGCUCCUGCCCGCGCAGUGGGGCGGCGUGCGCUGCACCGCUGCCGGCAAAGUCACCGAGCGUGUGAGUGCGGGGAUGGCUGGUGAGGGGCGCAGGGCAUGCGAGUGCGGGGAUGAGUUGGGGCUUGCGCUCACACGGCAGAAGCUGCAGGGUGUCAUUCAUCCUGACAUCUCCAGCUCACCACGCUCACUUACCUGUAAGCCCACCGCACUCACGUGCCAUCUGCGCACAUCAGAAGAGGAUAGUGACAGGGCGACUGGGAGUGACUUGGGCUACAACCUCUUCCAGGGCCGUCUCGACUUCUUUGCCGCACCGCUCAAGCCCCUCACGUCGCUCAAGGCGCUCUUCUUCCACUACAACUACUUCGCCGGCUCGAUUCCUUCUGCCAUCGCCACACUUCCUCAACUCACCUCACUCGGCCUUUUCUCCAACUACCUUACGGGCACCGUGCCCAUCCCUGCCAAGACCCUGCUGGCUCUGGACGUGGGAUUUAACUUCCUCUCGGGCACCUUCCCGAAGCUGCCACUCAUGUUCUGUGCGGGCGACAACAACUGCUUCCUCAACUCCACCGCCUGCCGCACCUACGGCAUCGUGCAGCGCCCUGCCGGCGCCUGCGCCAUCUGCGGCACGCCCGCCGCCGGCCAGGGCGACCUCUGCUUCGGCGGCUCCUGCACUCCUGACGCCGCUGCUGCCGUCACCGCCAGCACUGUCAACUCGCCCAAUCAGCCCAUCCUGCCCUGGCAUGCACAGUGUGUGU